UUUCUUUUUUCUAUUAAGAAGAUGUGCGAAAGAAUGGUGCGACUAUUAAAAUCCAGCCUCCGCAACAAUCACAUACAAGUGUCCACCCGAAACCUGUCCGUCACUUCGUCAACUCUGUAGGUACAUGUUGUAGACAAUGUCCGGAACCAGAAUAAAGCGUAAACGUCACUGUGCCUGUUUGGAAUAAUAUGCGGGACGUGUUUGGCUGGCGAGUGCGCGUGCGCGUGCGCCUUCGCCCGUGAAGAUGUGCGCGAGAGACGGCGACCUCCUCGCACUUGCGUCCGUUCUAUUUGUGUUCGCCUUCGUCACUCGAUGCGCCUUUAGUCAGUACCGAAGCUCAGCCGGCCGCCCGGCGUGUGUCCGCCGUCGCGCAACGAAAUACUAAUCCGCCGCGCAGGCCGCGGCGGCCAGCGCUGGAGCCAUGGCUGCCCAGCCGCCGCGUCCACCCCCCAACAAUUUACUCUUCUGUGGACCCCCGCCGAUUUUACCACGUGUAGUUCUGUUGCCUAACAAUGUUGUUUGCAAUGUCGGAACCGUGGAUGCUGUACCUGAUACCGUUAACCAAACAAAUGAUGUGGAUUCUUUACAAGAAAUAAACAACGUGGGUGUGCCGCAUUGUCAAAAAUCAUUCAACGAUGACAUUGAAAACAGCGAGUAUAACAAAAACCACGAUGUAUAUUAUCAAAUGCCUCCGGAAAAUUAUUUGAGAAGAACGCAUAGUUUUGAUAUUUCUGACAUCUAUAGUGCUAAUAUUGAAAGCGAAAUUGAUUAUCGAGCAUUCCGACAUCGGCGGUCGGAACCAGACUUAUCAAAAUAUGGACUGUUCGUUGAACCUACAGUGACUAUAGAAUAUGAAACUCAACCACCAACGUCGUUAGUGCUUAAUAACCCGUUCUACGAUGGCUCGUAUGCUCUAGAUCCAACACAGUUAAACCAGAAUUUAAUAUCUUUACCAGAUAAUUAUUUAGCUUUUGAGGAUUCGUUCGUUCCUUCCUGGGACUAUAAACCAGAAUUAUUAGUUAACAGAGAAUUACCUCCAGAAUUAUAUUAUGAUGGUAUACCAUUAAUUCCGUCGAAUGAUCCAUGGUCUGUAUAUUGUAAUGAUAAUGCGGGCUACGAGUACUAUACUCCGCAUUUGGAAAUACCGUUAAGCGAUCAGGAUGGUGUACAUUACAUGCCUCUACCUGAUUUUGAUUAUAUACCACAAUACAUGAAUUUACCUACAGUUGAAGAACCAAAUAUUGGAACUUAUUCCGAAGUUAAUCACCAAUCAGAUAUUACUACCUCUAACAUUGACGAGAAAAAUGAUAAUUUAGAUCUUGUACAUAAAAACGUUGAAGAAAAUUUACCUCAAAAUACAUCGAAUACGUGCAACGUUACGGCUGAUACAGUUAGUGAAGAUGAAAAAGGUAAUGCCGUCGAUUCAUCAACUAACAGAGAGUCAUCGACGCAGAGCGAAGCCUCGUUCAAUGCUGAUAUUUCAAACGAUGUGACAUCUAGUUUAGCUUUUGUGCCUAGUAGUAAAAGUUCUCAAAGACCUGAUGGUGAAGACGACACUAGUGAUGAUACCUCGCCGUGCUCCACUGAUUAUCACGAAGCUUCUGCAUUGGACCUAGUGCAAAGUUUAGACGAACUGUCUUGCUGUGAUAGUGGGGACUUUUCUCAAAGCAGGGACGAAGUGUCUCCAAUUAUAUCAGAAAGUAAUAAGCCAAACGUAGUUAAACAUAGUGAUACUGAUCAAAACCAAAGUGCAAAUAGUAACCAGGUUCCUAACGAUGUGCCUAAAAGUCUACCUCUCAAUGAGUUACCGGUCAUUCCAAUUAAUGAUAAAGUACCGGCGAAUAUACCUCCACCUCCUUUGUCAAAUGAACUGUCUACUAAGGAUAAUUUUAAUGAAAACGUUGUGCCUAAAUCGUCUAGUCAAUCUACAAAUAAGCAAGUAGUUAGUGUGUCAGUAUCAGAAGUAACCAAAAAAAGUAAUGCGAUGACAUGUACAACAAAUGAGCCAAACCCUGAUAACAGCGUUAAGAACUGUGCCAACCCGGUGAAGAUAACGCGCCAGCCCCCUCACCCUCCUGCUGUGCCCCCCUCUUGGUUACCUGCAAAACCGCCUGUUACUAGCAAUCAGACAAAUGCCGCGUUGUUGCCGCAGAUUUGCGUUCAAAACACCGAAGGGGUGUCUACAAACUUUGAGAGCCCGAAUCCUGUACCGCAGCCGCAAGUGAAGCAAGCUGAGCCGCCAGCGGUGGAAUCUCAGCCUCAGCCCUCUUGCUCAUUUACACAAACUCAUGUGCCUUUGCCUUCUCACGCGUCUCAACUUAAACCUGAAAAACAACCAAAAGAAGUAGAGAGCUCCCGCGCACGCUCCUCCGUCAAGGACGACAAGGACGGACAUCUGGUCUACUGGCCCGGAUAUGUCAUGGGAGCGAGAUACAAAAUCAUCGACACGCUCGGUGAGGGCACGUUCGGCAAGGUGGUCGAGGUGAAAGAUUUGGAAUUGGAGCACAGAAUGGCUCUAAAGAUUAUUAAGAACGUUGAGAAGUACAGAGAGGCUGCAAAACUCGAGAUUAACGUUUUAGAAAAAUUGGCCGACGUCGACCCCGACUGUAAAAACCUGUGCGUGAAGAUGCUGGACUGGUUCGAGUACCACGGUCACAUGUGCAUCGCGUUUGAAAUGCUCGGACAGAGUGUGUUCGACUUCCUGAAAGACAACAACUACCAGCCGUACCCGCUGGAGCAGGUGCGGCACAUCUCCUACCAGUUGAUAUACAGCGUGCUGUUCCUGCACGACAACAAGCUCACGCACACCGACCUCAAGCCGGAGAACAUACUGUUCGUCGACAGCGACUACGAGGUCGUCAGCGUCUACACUAGUUCUAAGAAAACACAUGACUUACGGCGCGUGAAACGGAGCGAUGUACGACUCAUCGACUUCGGCAGCGCGACGUUUGACCAUGAACACCACAGCACCAUCGUCUCCACUAGACAUUACAGAGCACCCGAAGUCAUAUUAGAGCUCGGUUGGUCACAACCGUGCGACGUGUGGUCUAUCGGCUGCAUAAUGUUCGAGUUGUACCUCGGCAUCACACUCUUCCAGACACAUGACAACAGGGAACACCUCGCCAUGAUGGAGAGGAUUUUAGGACCCAUACCUUAUAGAAUGGCACGUAAAACUAGGACAAAAUAUUUCUACCACGGUAAAUUAGACUGGGACGAAAAGUCCUCCGCCGGCAGAUACGUCAGAGAGAACUGCAAACCUCUAUUAAGGUAUAUGCAGAGCAACAGCGAGGAGGCGCGGCAGCUGUUCGAGCUGAUCGCGCGCAUGCUGGACUACGAGCCCACGCAGCGCAUCACCCUGCGCGACGCGCUGCGGCACCCUUCUUCAACAAACUGCCGCCGCACCAGCGGCUCGGACACCAGUUCACAAGACCAUCAUUCCUUAGGCAAUGACCGCGCGCGGUGCAACGGGGAGAGCUCGGGGUCCCGAGAGCGAUCGCUUUCUCUCAGCGCCAGCUACUAGAGAACGCGCGCGGGGCGUCGGCGCGGGUGUCGGCGAGAGUGUCGGCGAGGGUGUCGGCGCGAAUGUCGGCAAGAGUGUCAGCGAGGGUGUCAGCGAGGGUGUCGGCGAGAGUGUCGGCGCGAAUGUCGGCAAGAGUGUCAGCAAGGGUGUCGGCGCAAGUGUCGGCGCGAGUGUCGACGGGCCGCGUGACGCGUGCGCGCGCCCGUAAGGUGUAAACUUGUACAGUUCUAAUAAAGUGAUAAGUGAUCAUUAUUUUGUCGAACGCUGUAAUCUAGGUAAUACUUUUGUUGUGAAUCGGUACUUCUCAAUUUGUAUUUAUAAAUAAUUAUUAUCGAAAUAAAGACUGUCAGUCUAAAGUUUC